ACACGAACUCUUUCUUGUAAUUAUUGUAUUAAGGUUUCGUUUCGUAUCCGUUCGGCAUUUUGUGUGCACGAUUACCCUUACAAAAGAAAUGAUCUGCCCCACACCAGACCACCACGGAAAAUGGCGACUGUGAAAUAGAUGGAAGACGAAAGUAAGAAAUUAUUCAAUGCAGCAUAUAAAUUGUGUCCUGUCACCAUCCACACCGCUAGGAGGUCAUGGCAGCUGAAAUGUCAUGUCUGACAGGUGUUGAUGAGGACGACAAAGAUGCAGAUUCUGAGAUAAAUGCCCUCACACUCCUGCAAGAGCCAGAGAGAAUGUCGCAAGACUCCGCCUCCUGCACAGAUUCCUUCAGCAAGCCUUCUGCAAGGCAAAACAAUGUACUAGAUGUUCUGUCAAAUGCAGAUAUGUUGUCCCCAGUUGGCCUGGGAAAUGGACCUUCUUCACAUCAGGCUACUGAGGCUCAUGAGCUCAGUAGUUUGUCUGCAGAAAAAGAAGAAGAAAAGAGCAUCACUCCACUGAAAACAGUGCAGGAAAUUGACACUGCUGGAAUAUGGGACUUUGAUGUAGACUCCCCUGAGGACUCAUCAGACAAUUUCAGUAGUCCCAGUGAUCUUCAUUGGGAUCCUCAUAAAGAGUUUAUGCAGUUUCUGUGGGAUAGCCAUGGUGAUUCUCCCAGUGAGGAGGAAGCUAAAGAUGAAGUUCCUCCUCCCAGCAGCCAAAGGAGAAGGAAAAGGAAAAUGGACAUGGUUGUCAUGGUUGAUCCCUCAGAAGAUCUUUUCCCUGAUCUGAGCCACAAGUCAUCUGAGGAAUUGUCUGAUGCUGAAGGCCCAGUAGACUCCAUUCCUGUCAGAAAAGUCAGAAAGUCAAGAAUGCCACAGUCGUCACCAACGGGAAAAGUUUCAAAGUACCCCAAUGGAACUGCAAAGGCCAUCAAGCAAAUUCUUUACAGUGCACCUACCAGGAAUUUGCAGGACAACAGUAUAGGUCAUGGGCUUUCGCCACUGAAAGGAAGGCUCACAAUAAAUUCUCAUUCAGAGAAGCCAUCAUGUUACCCUUGCUCAAAGUGUAAGCUCAUCUUCAAGAAAGAGCAUCAUUUGCAUCGUCAUAUGAAGUCACAUGUGGAGUCUCCAGAUAUUUCGCCAAAGCCUUUUAUAUGCCGGGAAUGUGGACAGUCAUUCAGACAAAGUGGUGCACUUAUUGAGCACAUGUCCAUCCACCAGGAGAAGAGGGCUCGACUCACUGCUGAGAUCAGAGGUGUGAACGAAACGAGGAAUGAGGAUAAAAAUGCUAAGCUUUUCUGCCCUCAGUGCCCAUUCGGAACAAACUGCCCUAACACGUUUGUCCAACAUGCAAAAACACAUGAGAAAGACAAGAGAAAGUUCAAAUGUGACAAAUGUAGCUACAAGACCUUAAGUGAGAAUGAACUUAGGAGACAUAACAUUAUGCAGCACACUGUUUUUACUGUCAGGAAACCCAUCCAUACUGACCCCGAAAUCUUUUCCUGUGAUAUUUGUUCCUAUAGAGCUUUUAGUAAAAAUGUUUUUAAAAAUCACUUGCUGCGUCGCCACCAACAAACAUUUGAGGAUUAUGAAGCUGCACAGUCUAGUGAGAAAAAUGCACAAUCAUCUGAAGAGCAGAAUAUGCCUACUUGUAAAACUCCUGAAGGAGAUGCAGAGUUUACUUCUAAAAUCUCAAUAAAAAAUCAAAUCUCCUCUAAAAGACCUUCUCCACCCAAUGAAUCCAAUGACAUUUCAGAUUUGUUCAAAAAUAGCAAGAUCAGGAGAGGUCUCAAGUCUCAGUUAACAGAAUCAAAGCUUGAUAAGUCCAUUAACGUUCUACUGUCCCGUCAGAGGCAUGGAAGAAAGGCUGCAGAACCAAGGAAGGAAAGCACUAACUGCAGAACAUCUGAUCAGGAUUCAAAAAGUGACAAAAAUGGUUCUGAUCAGUUGCCAGGGACAUUUAAUGUUAAGGUUGAAAACUCAUCUUUGUCCCCAAAUGGGCAUGGAGUGACAUCCAACGCCACUGAAAGAGAUCUCAACAGCACCAGUGUACCCAAGUUGAUUAUUGAUCAUUUUAGGAAGUCACCCUCUAAGCGGAAGAUGUCCACCCCAUAUCGCAACACUUCUGACCAAGAUUCAUGCUUCAUCUUACCAAAACCUUUGUCAAGUCCAAAGACUCUGAACCAAGAAGAAGUGGAAGACUACGACAAAAACGAUAGUUUGCUGCUUAAGGAUCCCCAUGCUAAUGUAAACCAUUUUGAUAAUGUUAUCAAAAAAGAAAAACAAAACAUCAUUUAUACCUAUAGCAGAAGAAUGUCAAUGCGAGGUGCUCUGCAGGCGUCCAAAAGGUUGUUUGAGAAGAUCAAAACUGAAGAGCAACAGCUGAACAACCCUGAAAUCAAAGAGGAAUGCAUAGAAACAGAAGUAUCUGAAGAACCCAUCAAUUCUUGCUCAAUUUCACUGAGCGAUUCCUUCUCGGAAGAUUUGUCAGAAUUUGAAUCAGAACGGAAGAAUUGUCCUUACUGUCCUGCAGUUUUUGAGUCAGGUGUUGGGUUAUCGAACCAUGUCCGAGGACAUCUUCACAGGGUUGGACUGAGCUACAAUGCACGCCAUGUAGUGCCACCCGAGCAGGUAGCUUCUCAGGACAGGAGGCCACGCGUUCGCCGGAGGAUAACAUCAUUCCGACGAUUGAAAAAAGAAUUACACAUGCAGUCGAACUCUGAGGUUGUGCAGAGCAUUCACUCUUGUCCAUUGUGUGGUGACUCCUUUGAUAACAGGACAGGGCAGUCCAACCACAUUCGUGGGCACCUCAAAAGGCUUGGUAGAAGCUUUGCAACAAAGAACAAGUCCCCGUUACUUUUACUCCGAGAAUUGAUGCGUGACAAGAAGGAGUUCCAGAGGGCACUUCAAAUACUUGGAAAGAAACGGAACCAUUUCCAAUAUGGUGGACCAUCUAAGCUGUCUAGUGUUGAUCUUUUUAGACCACCCGCCAGUAACUCUAUUGCUGGUGUUUGCACUGAUGCCAAAUCACUGAUGCCCACAUUUUCUUUAGCAGAUAUGAGUUCAGAAAAGAGGCAGUUAGAGACUAAGUUGGAUGUUAAAAAUUCACUUGCGGGGACAACUGCCUUGAUAGGAAUUCUGAAGAAGAGGAAGUGUCAGGAAGAGUCAAAACUAAAGGGGUCCUGUCCAAUGUCAAGAAACACAUUAGCAGGUUCUUCAAACAGUGAGCACAGUUCAGGAUCAAGAGUUGCAUCUUCACUGCCACACUCAAUAUCUGAGAAAGGUGAAUUCAACAGGAAGGUGUGCGUCCAUUGCAAUGCAACUUUCCAUAGUGGCGUUAGCUUGUCCAAUCACCUCCGGGCGUAUGCUAAACGAAAAAGGAAUGCCUUACUUGAGGGGACUACAUAUGACUGUAAAGCGAGAAGGCAGCGUUCAAGGCCCGGCCCGAAGAAGAAGACACUGCCCUUACCACAAACUCCAGAGGAAAUGUACAGACUCACCUGCAGGUUCUGUGACCUCGUCUUCCAGGGUCCUUUAUCGGUCCAGGAGGACUGGAUCAAACAUUUACAGAGACACAUAAUGAACACUAGUGUCCCCCACACUGGGCUGGGCAUGGUAGAGGUCACCUCGUUGCCCAUAGACCUCCCUACCCUCAAGACUGACCAAGACAGCUCUCUGACAGCCACACACGCUGCCUCAUGAAGCCAAUUGGGACCUUUUUAGAUUUCACUAGACUGUAUGUGUAUGUACAUUCGAUGUUCUUUCACUUUUUUUUUUUUCUAGUCAAUUAAAUACUGGCCAAAAGUACAAUAUUGAUCCACUCUGUAGGUAUUGUACAUGCUUGGACAGAUGAAAUAGUUAUUUUGGAUAUUGUUACCUUAUUCUGUUUUUACAUGGUCCGGUUUUUGGAAUACAAUUCCAAAUGAGCAGACUGUUUUGUUUUAUGCAGUAAUGUAGUGUGGAAUCCAUUUCUAAUGAAAACAACUUUUACCUCAGAUUUAUCAUGGUUUGAGUCCAUUUUUGUCCAAAAUUUGGGAGCACCUCUCUUCUGUAUCAAUAUUCACAUUUAUUAAGAUGCAUAGACUCAUGUUUCUUUCAUAAUGCAACAUGUUCAACACCAAGCCCAUGGUCUGUUUUCAGGGCAAUGACUGUAAAUGACAGCAUCUGAAAGAUCCAAGAUACCACAUGAGAACAAAAAGAAGUGUCUGCAAUCUUGUUAUGCAUAGAAAGUGUUUAAUAGUAUUUCCGUAACUGCAUUGUUUCUAAUACAAACCCAAAAUUUAAACUGAAGGUGGUUAAGAAAAAAAAUCCUACACGCACAGCCAGUGCUGAUGACGCCCUUCAUACAUGUCACCUAUAUUUAAUGUUUUAAAUAUACUGUUUUGAAAUAAUUUAAUUUUAAAUGUACUAUAUCACAGAUAAUGCUUAAAACAUUUGUGUUGUUCUAAAUAAAAAGGCAAAGAAAAUUGA